AUGUGUAUAUUUGUAUGUUCUUGUGAGGAGAGAAACUCGCCACUCCCGAUGAUCCCUAUCUGGGUGCAGAUGGUUCUCGGGGGCGUGGUUUACACGGUUGUGCCGUUCUACAAGAGGGUGCUGAUGGUCGAAGGUGAAAGGUUGGCCAAUGUACAAACUGCAGUGGAGGUCGUGGAGCAUGUCGCUGAGGUGACAGAGAAGUUGGUUGCAGAUGCGGCCAGUUCUCUGCCAGAGAACGGAUCCCUGCACAAGGUUGUCGUGGAGGUGGAGUGUGUUGCUGAAGCGGUGGAUAAGGAUGCACAUAAGGUUGAAGCAGUCAUCGAUAAGGUGCAGGAGUUA